AUGGCACAGGAGCAGAAUGCCGCGGGGGGCUCCCGUUGGCUGAAGAUAUUCCGGUCCUCCGCCACCGCCGACGCGGGCGACGACGACAGCGACCAGAGAGGAGGAGUUCGACCUCACCCGCCGAAAUGGAGUAUGGGCAUGCUCAAUGAUCCGGACACCGUCGAGGUUCCUGGAUCCGUCCUCCUUCUUGCUCAGCAUCGCAACCAGCCGUUGGGCCUCAAGAAUGUGCACGCGAGGACCUCGCACUCGUCCAUUCCCGUCGACCCUCCUUUCUCUCCUACUUCGCCUGGGGGCACCAGAAUCCCAGAGGCGCAGUCGCCUGGCAGCCACACCCCGGUCGCAUCCGCCUCGGGGUCCAGGACUCCAGGCCUUGAACCAGAACCUGAGGAGAAGAAGAUGACGGAUGAUGGGACCGUCAUUCUCGAGCCGCAGCCAGAUGACUCUGCUAAUGACCCUCUCAACUGGCCUGCAUGGCGACGAGACGCUGCCUUGCUGUCUCUUGGUCUCUACUGCAUGAUUGGUGGCGGCAUGACCCCUUUGCUUGCUGCGGGCUUCCACCAGGUGUCCGAGGAGUACCACGUUCAAGAGGAAACAGUGGCAUUGACGACCGGGCUCUACAUGAUGGGUCUGGGCGUCGGGUCAGUCAUCUUUUCGCCAACGGCCAUUCUUUGGGGCAAGCGACCAGUCUACCUCUUCAGCGUUCUCAUCUUCAUUGGUGCCAGUCUGUGGUCCGGCUUCUCGCCUUCCUUCAAUUCUCUUCUCGUCGCGAGGGUGUUCCAGGGCAUCGCAGUGAGCCCCGUCGAGUGCCUGCCUUCGGCAACCAUCGCAGAGAUCUUCUUCCUUCACGAGCGCGCUUACCGCAUCGGCAUCUACACCCUCUUGCUGCUGGGCGGCAAGAACUUGGUGCCGCUGGUCAGCGCUGCCAUUAUCAACAGUCUGGGAUGGCGGUGGGUAUUCUACAUCACCGCCGCAAUUGUUGCUGGAGCUGGCAUUCUCCUCUUCUUCUUCGUACCUGAAACCUUCUGGGAUAGAACCCCCCACAGGAAGGCACACAAAAGACCCAACUUCCUCCGCCGCCUCUCGUCGCGACAUACUUCGCAUACGCCCGUUCACACCCCACCCAUCACGAGCCCAAUUCCUCCCACAAGUCCGCCGGCUACUCAUCAUGCCCCGGAGAGGCCCGGUGCGCUUCACGUUGGUUUCGCGCCCACCUCAAUCUCUGAGAAGGAAGACCUCGAGAACCCCUCUUCUCAGAAAGGCGACGCCGCCCCAAAGGUGUCGCAACUAACUGCUUCCGGGGAUGCGCAUGAGCCCGUGUCCCCUGUCGAGGCAGCCCAAACGCACGAGACGCGUCUGUCUACACCACUCACACGACCCACCUCUGCUCACGACGCAGGGCCUAGAGAUGGGAGCGGGAUAUCUUCACCCAUCGGCUCCUUCUCUCCUGAAGAGAAGGGUUUUGCGGCUAGACUCAACCAGCCUCCCAAGAUCCACGCCUACACCCACAAUCUCAAACAGCAGCCAGCCCGGUCAUUUGUUCAGCAGUUGAAACCAUUCCAUGGCCGCCUAAAUAACGACAAAUGGCUCAAGGCCAUGGCCCGCCCGUUCAUUCUUUUUGCCUACCCCGCGGUGUUGUGGUCCUCGAUCGUUUACGCGUGCUCCAUCGGCUGGCUGAUUGUCAUCUCGGAGUCCUUGUCCAUGAUUUACGGCAACCCGGACCUCUAUAAUUUCAACGCGCUUCAGACUGGCCUUGUGUACAUCUCUCCGUUUGUUGGUGGAAUCCUGGGCACCGGAGUCGCUGGCAAGAUCAGCGACGUGAUAGUCAAGGCGAUGUCAAAACGCAAUGGUGGUAUGUAUGAGCCUGAAUUCCGCCUUGUGAUGGCUAUUCCCAUCACCAUCACUACCUGCAUUGGUAUCAUGGGAUUUGGAUGGUCCGCUUCUCUCAAGGAUCACUGGAUUGUUCCGACCCUGUUUUUCGGGAUCAUCUCUUUCGGUUGCUGUCUGGGCUCGACCACCUCGAUCACGUUUUGCGUGGACAGCUACCGCCAGUACGCAGGAGAGGCGCUCGUCACUCUCAACUUCUCCAAGAAUAUUCUGCACGGACUUCUUUUCAGUCUGUUCUUUACCCACUGGCUCGCUGAUGACGGUCCCAAGAUGGUGUACAUCUGGAUUGGCAUCAUCCAACUUGGACUUAUGCUUUUGACGAUUCCCAUGUAUAUUUACGGAAAGCGAGCUAGAAUGUGGACCGUCAGGAUGAACUUUAUGGAGAAAUUUUAG